GUGGUUUAAGACAUGCAUCUGCCAGUAUAAAAGGCCUUGAAGUAUAUGGACAAUUGAAGUUUGAAGGAGGAGUACAUCGUGUUCAGCGCGUGCCAAAGACUGAGAAGCAAGGCCGCAUUCAUACCAGCACAAUGACUGUAGCAAUAUUACCACAGCCGAGUGAGAUAACUCUGACAAUUAAUCCUAAAGACUUACGUAUUGAGACUAAAAGAGCCAGUGGAGCUGGUGGCCAGCAUGUGAAUACUACUGAUAGUGCUGUGCGGAUUGUCCAUAUUCCCUCAGGUAUUAGAUCAGGACUUUCAAAUGAGUUCCUUGUUGUUGUUGUUUUGAAAUAUGCUCCCAUGUUUUAUAUGAUGAUGCUCA